AGUCGCUGGCCGGGAAGGGCUGAGGCUCCCGUAACCCCGGCUGGGCGGGGGAGGGGGCGGGGCCGGAGCCCCCUGCGAGCGCGGGGUCGUGGUCCCGGCCCGGAGCGGGAGCCCCGGACGCGCUCGGCACCGCUGCUUCCGCCAGCAGGCCCCGCCCGGCCCGGCCCGGCGAUGGAGUUUCCGGACCUCGGGGCGCACUGUUCCGAGCCGAGCUGUCAGCGCCUGGAUUUUCUGCCGCUCAAGUGCGACGCCUGCUCCGGCAUCUUCUGCGCAGACCAUGUGGCCUACGCCCAGCAUCACUGUGGAUCCGCGUACCAAAAGGACAUCCAGGUACCUGUAUGCCCGCUCUGUAAUGUGCCUGUGCCUGUGGCCAGAGGGGAGCCCCCCGACCGCGCUGUCGGGGAGCACAUUGACCGAGACUGCCGCUCAGAUCCAGCCCAGCAAAAACGUAAGAUCUUCACCAAUAAGUGUGAACGCGCUGGCUGCCGGCAGCGAGAAAUGAUGAAACUGACCUGUGAGCGCUGCGGCCGGAACUUCUGCAUCAAGCACCGGCACCCACUGGACCAUGAUUGUUCUGGGCAGAGUCACCCAACCAGCCGGGCAGGACUUGCUGCCAUCUCCAGAGCACAAGGUCUAGCUUCUUCUACGAGCACCGUCCCCAGCCCAAGUCGAACGUUGCCUUCGUCUACCUCUCCCAGCAGAGCAACCACCCAGUCUCCAUCCCGGACAGCCCCUCCAGUGAUUGCCCUGCAGAAUGGCUUGAGUGAGGACGAGGCUCUGCAACGAGCCCUGGAACUGUCACUGGCAGAAACCAAACCCCAGGUCCCAAGUUCUCAGGAGGAAGAGGACUUAGCAUUAGCACAGGCGCUGUCAGCCAGUGAGGCAGAGUACCGGCAGCAGCAGGCCCAAAGCCGCAGCUUGAAGCCGUCCAACUGCAGCCUGUGCUAGGGCCCUGGGCUUGGGGAGGGAGGCUCAACUGAGGAGGACUGUGGCCCCCACACCUCUAGGGUACACUGGGAGAGGAGGCUGGGAGCAGCCAGGAGUGAAGACGAGCAGGCCACCUCCAGGGAGCAGCAGGAGCAGCAGCUUGUGGAGCGGAGCCUACAGAUGGCCCUGCUGGCCUCUCCAGCUGCAUAGGAGAGAGCAGUUACAACCGUUGGUGGUUGGGCCCUGGGAGAGUGCUGGCCAGGCCCCACGCAGGGCAGCCCCCUGCAUCGUGUCAUCCCCCUUUACGCUGGGGCUGCCCCCAUCUCUAGGGGCAAGGGGGUCCUGGAAGGAAUAAAGGAUCUUGGCAGUCAACAAGA